AUGAUCAGGGGAGGAACUGACGUUCCUAUUGGGCCGGUUAUCAAACGCACAAAAAUUUCCAUAACGAGGGAAAAGCGUAUCCGGAACGAUGACCCCGAUGGCCCCAUCACAUUCAAUGUCGAGGACAUGGAAGGCAUCGCCCAGCCGCAUAAUGACGCACUGGUAAUAUCUGUCCUUGUCAAUAAGUUUAGAAUUAAACGUGUGCUAAUUGAUCCAGGUAGCUCGGCUAAUAUCAUCCGAUGGAGAGUCAUCGAACAGCUGGGACUACUAGAUCAGAUCGUGCCGACAAUACGGGUCCUCAACGGAUUCAACAUGGUAUGCGAAAUGAUGAAAGGUGAGAUCACUUUACCGAUCAGUAUGGCAGGAACUACGCAGCAGACCAAAUUUUAUGUGAUAGAGGGAGACAUGGGAUACAAUGCAUUGCUGGGCAGACCGUGGAUUCACCUCGUAAGAGCGGUUCCCUCGACUAUGCAUCAGGUAUUGAAAUUCCCGACUCCAGAAGGUAUCAAAACCGUUCGUGGUGAACAGCAGGCCGCAAAAGAAAUGUUCGCGGUUGAAGAAUCUGUUAAGGCUGAAAAGGCGCUAGAUCGGAACGAAGGGAAGAAUGCCAAAUAG